CUGCCCAUACCUCUAGCGCUGAUUUGCCUUGCCAAGCCAGUCCUGCGACAAGCGGGAAUUCCCAUCUCCAAGGCUCCAUCUACUCCCCGGGAGGCAUGGCCGUCCAAGGCCCCAUUCUCCAAUUCGCGGUGGUUAGCCCCGUGGCCCCUUCACAAACAAAGCGCCGUCGGCCAGUCAUCGACUAGAAAACUUCCGUCAGCAGAGGAGCGGGGAUCGGCGCAGGUUGGGGGGAAAAUUGAGUCUGGUCCCCUUCGACGCCGGAUCGUUGCACCCUUCACGGGAACUCUACCACGAAAUGCAUGUCCACGCUAUUCCCUGCCCGGCGCAGUGCAGCCGCAAGCCUGCAGUUGGAAAGUGGAUCAAUGCCAAUGGUUUUUUGCUUGCGCUUGA